UGUAAAGUCAAGGUUCUCCUUUUCAAGAUGAAGGACAGGGGGGGGGGGCUGCUGCUCGGCCUCGUCGCCUUAGCAUCAUCAUUUCAGAUUCAAGACGACUGCCUCGUGAAAGAGCGCAUCGAGGAGAAAGAUGUGAUGUUUGACACCCUGGAAUUCCUUAGCCUCGUUGAAGGAAAUUUUACAGUUGCAGAAGUUGUUCUGACCUGCCAGGAUUCCGAAACGGUUUACUUGCUCAAUAUCGGCCAAGACAAGAUCUCACUGAAGAAAUCGGGUCAAGAAAAGUCGGCCCAAGAGGAGUUUUCGGGUCAGUUAGCAACGACUGCUGAAUGGAGGAGGCUCAAGCUUGGCUUGGCAAAUAAAAAUGUGACUCUGGAAUGCGAUGGCGAGCCGUUGCUGCAAAACGACUUCGAACUUGGCUGCACUGUUGGCGAGAUCAGCGUCGACAAAGGAAGAUUUACAAGGAAGUGUUCUCCUGGCACACCUACUUGGGUGGUUGAGACCGACUCGACGUUAAAGCUUCCAUUAGUCCAGGCGGAGAAAGGCGUUCGAGGAAGCUUUACAUUAUUUUCCCUGAAGCCCUUCAAACCAUCCUUCAGCAUGAAAGGGGCAAAGGUCGUUCUGGGACUUCGAGGCAACUCGUUGGUGACAAACGGCAACAUGGAACCGCUUCCGGCCGAGCCACAUGAUGUCUUGUUCGAGAUCUCCUCUGAAGGAAAAAGGGCGAGCCUCAAGGUGACGAAGGAUGGGCGGGUUGUACACGACACGGCCCUUGAAGACUCUCCGAAGUGCAUGGAAGUGUCGGGCGACGAGAAGUUCGUAUUGGUGCAGAAACUCGGUCUGAAAGCCCCACGGAAGGAGGAGGCUUCAGCCUGCACAUGUGACGCCAACGGAGCAGAGAACUUUACUGUGUGGUGCCUGGCGGGAGUCCUAGCAGUGGUGUCGACUUCCUUCUUAGCUCUCGUCUUCCAUUACUGCUAUUCGCGAAUUUGCAAGAACGAUGAUUUAGUGAGAGGAACUGUUUCAACCAAGAAUUCUGAGCAGAAACUAUCUCAUCGUCAGUCUUCCUUUCGUGAAGAAUCUUAUCCUGCGUACCUUGAGCCCGUGUCUGUGCCCGUUGCACAAUUUCGGGGAGGAACCAUAACCUGCGGCCGUGCCCUUGGAAGCAGGAGCACCAUUACGGUACCUUCCAGCACGGUUCACCUAUACGAGGAGAUCGACGAGACACGGUUGACAGCCAUCGGCCGACCGCUCAGCGACAGCUCUACGGAAUGCACGGAGUCCGAGAGGUCUUCCUCAGGCACUGAAGCCAGUCACUAGGAAGGCAGUGGAUGGGCUGCCUAUCUCGCACAAAGAUCCUACCGCCAGUUAAUACACACACAUGCACGCACGCACACACCCACACCACACCCACACCCACACCCACACACA